AUGGAAGAAAAGGAAGAACGAUACGAAUCUGGACGGCAAGAUCGAGGAUACAGGACUCCUUCUAAUCAUGGAAGUAGAGAAAGGUGUGCAUAUAUGGUAUCAGAUGAUGAAGGUGGCGCAGUUGAUUCUGAUGAAAAGGAAGCUUAG